AACUAACUGUUUUAGACCUCCGAAAUAAGAAGGAAAGAUAAGAAAUGAAUACUCAGUCCCUUGAAGCUGCUACUGCUCUGGUACCUUAUGUCAAGCAGGGGAGAGAAGCAAGGAGAACUCAUGAGAAACACAUUCAGAUAUUACUGGAACAGAAAAAGCUUCCUGAGGAAGGCUGGGAUGAUGCGAGAAUACAGUUGCUCCUGCAAGAGCUUUCCCUAAUGGACAGCAAUAAUUUCCCAGAUAAUGUCGGAGUUGGGGAAAGGGAAGCACGGAUCUACUCCAACCUAGUGGCUCAGAGGCAUUUCAGGUUGGGGCAUGGUAUUGGUCGCUCUGGAGACGUAGCAGCUGUCCAACCCAAGGCUGCAGGGUCCUCUCUCAUCAUGCAGCUCACCAACUGUCUCCUCUUGGAUAUUAUCAGAGCCAGAGGAGUCCACUCGGCCAGGAAGUGUGUGCUGAUUCCAGUAGCCACGGGGAUGGCUUUGCUGAUGGUUCUACUCACGCUCAAGCAGAGGAGACCUCAGGCAAAAUAUGUGGUAUGGCCGAGGAUAGACCAGAAGAGCUGCUUCAAGUCUAUCAUCUCUGCAGGGCUGGAGCCAGUAGUGAUUGAGAAUUUGUUGAAUGGUGACCAACUGCAGACCAAUGUGGCUGGUAUUGAGUCUUCUAUUGAAGAGCUGAGGCCUGAGAACAUUGUCUGUGUCCUUACCACUACCAGCUGCUUCGCACCCAGAGCUAUAGACAAGCUUGAAGAAGUGAGUGUUCUGUGUCAGCGUUACGACAUCCCUCACCUCGUGAACAAUGCGUACGGUGUGCAGUCUAGCAAGUGUAUGCACGUUAUUCAAGAGGCUCACAGGCUGGGUAGGGUGGACGCAUUCGUACAGAGUACGGACAAGAAUUUCAUGGUACCGGUUGGCGGUGCUGUAGUGGCAAGCUCCAGUGAAGAAUUUAUCAACAGCGUCUCACAAAUGUAUCCAGGAAGAGCUUCAGGCACUCCCUCACUAGAUAUUUUCAUUACUCUACUGUCAAUGGGCAAGAAAGAGUACCAGCGUUUGUGUACACAGAGAAAGGACAAUUUUAAGAUCUUGAAAGACCAGCUGGAGCAAGUUGCCACCAAGCACGGGGAGAAAGUACUCAGCAUUCCUCAGAAUCCGAUAUCAAUUGCUGUCAGCUUGUCUAACCUUCCCACUGGUAAACUGAAUGUAACUGAGUUUGGAUCAAUGCUCUUUGUAAAGAAUGUCUCUGGAACAAGAGUUGUUGGCUCGGGAGCAGAGAAAACGAUUGGCCCUCACACGUUCACCAACUGGGGGUCUCACUGUAAUGACUACCCCUGUGCCUAUUUCACUGCAGCUGCUGCCAUCGGAAUGACCAGAACAGAAAUGGACACUUUUAUCAAAAGACUAGACCAAGUGUUUAUCAAGUUUAGCAAGAGACAAACUGCUAGUAGUCCAGAAAUGCCCAUUAGUACUGAAAAUUGAAUAAUGAUAAACUUGGCA